GACUCUCUCUCACUCUCUCCUCGGACAAAGCACUGAGCUCAUUUGAAGCGCAGAUCCAGAAGCUUCUCUCCCUCUCGCUCCCCGUCUCUGUGGCUCCAGAAGCUUCAUUCCAAUGAAGCGGCUCUACGGUUCCCGUGCGGUUCUCGCUCUGCUGUGCCUUUGUUCUGCGUGCAUUGCAAUCGAAGCUUCGGUUCAUGAAUACGCUGGCGAGAGGUUCGCCUCCAAAGGAAACGCCUACGUAAUCCACGCCGGAAGCGAGGGAAUUUACUCCUCUGUCCCUACUACCAACGAUUCCUCGAUCUCCGCCACUGGCGACUCUUACAUACGCUUUGAAAAGGUUACAUUCCGGAGAGACAAGGACCUUGCCAACUUCAGCUCGGGUUUGGUCCACGCUAUUGUUUUUGAGGUCGAAGAUAGACAAAUGAUUGGGGGUUCAGCUUAUGGGGGUCAAAGAGCAGUCUGUUGCACGUCAGAUCUUGCAAAACUAGGUGUAUGUUCAGAAGGAGAGAUCAUUCACCGUCCAUCUACAGAGAAUCCGGGCUGGCCCAAAGUGUUUGGUGUCUCAUUUGAUGUGGAUGAACUAACUGCAACAUUGCCAUCAAAGUCAAUACAAAUAACUAAAACUGGGAUGUAUAACUUGUAUUUCAUUCACUGUAAUCCGAAGCUGAAAGAUUUGGUUGUGGAGGGAAAAACAAUAUGGAAAAAUCCUACCGGUUACUUACCUGGUAGAAUGGCGCCACUUAUGAAUUUCUAUGGGUUCAUGUCCUUCGCCUUUGUGAUACUUGGGAUCUUUUGGUUCUCUCAGUAUGCAAGAUUUUGGAGAGAAGUUCUUACAUUGCAGAACUGCAUAACACUAGUAAUAACACUGGGCAUGUUUGAGAUGGCUUUAUGGUAUUUUGAGUAUGCUGAAUUCAACGAGACUGGAAUCCGGCCAACUGGGAUAACCAUGUGGGCUGUCACCUUUGGGACAGUUAAACGUUCAGUAGCACGUUUGAUCAUUUUAAUGGUUUCGAUGGGCUUUGGUGUUGUAAGACCUACCCUUGGUGGGCUUACAUCAAAGGUAAUCAUGCUUGGGGUGACGUUCUUUGUGGCAUCUGAAGUACUUGAAUUGGUAGAAAAUGUUGGUGCAAUAAGUGACAUUUCAGGAAAGGCAAAACUCUUUUUGGUUCUUCCUGUAGCAAUCUUGGAUGCUUUUUUCAUUCUUUGGAUAUUUACGUCCCUCUCUGCAACUUUAAAUAAGCUUCAGGCUAGACGGAUGAUGGUUAAACUGGAUAUUUACAGGAAGUUUACAAAUGCUUUGGCCGUAGCUGUACUUGUGUCUGUGGGUUGGAUAUGCUAUGAGCUUUAUUUCAACUCAACUGAUGUUUACAAUGAGAAGUGGCAAACUGCAUGGAUCAUUCCUGCCUUCUGGCAAGUCCUGUCUUUCUCUCUCCUUUGUGUAAUCUGUGCUCUUUGGGCGCCCUCUAAGAACUCAACAAGAUACACUUUCUCGGAGGAAACGAGCGAGGAGUUUGACAAGGAUGACACAAGUUUGACUCUCAUAAAACCAUCCCCAACACCUUCAAAGGAUGUUCGAAGUGCAGGCGAAGCUAGGCCAGUGCAAGACAGCAAUGGAGUAUCAAAUGGGGAUCUGGAAGAAGACAAGACGGAGUAAAUUUAGAUCCAAUUGUGAGUUUGUUGUUAUCCUUAUAAACCUCCGGCUGGUCUCUCCCCCACUAGCACUUAUACAGAAGUGGGGAUCGCGAUACGAAAAUUAUUUCCAUGUUUCUCUGUUAGUCUUUCCUAUUCUUUUUGUUUUUGUUUUUUUUUUUUUUGGGGUUUGUGUUAGUUAAAUUAGUUAUUGAUUGCUAAUUUAUUGCUGUGGCAGAGGGGAAAAUGGAGAUGAUUUGUAGUGUUCUUUUGUGAUACAAAUAUAAUCUGUGGUUCCCGCGCUCAUGUUCGUUUGAUAUAAUAAAUGCAAUUGAUAGCUUCUUGUUU